AGUUUGACAAUACGGCAGUGGAUUAAAAAUUGUGAAAAAGAAAAACAAGAUCUAUUUUGUGAUGUGACACCGCAUCUAGAGGCAGAAGAGCAUGCCUCCUACAGAGGGCGCCAUGGUUGUUGCCCAGAACCCCAUGGGCAUGGGGGUGGGGACAAUCUCUCUAGCUACACUCAUAGACUUCAUCGUGCAGAGGACAUACCAUGAGAUGGUUGUCCUAUCAGAAAUCCUGCCACGAAAAACAGAUAUGGAAAGAAAGAUAGAGAUAGUGCAGUAUGCGAGCAGGACUCGACAGCUGUUUAUACGUCUAUUGGCCCUCGUGAAGUGGGCGAACAGUGCCAGCAAGGUUGACAAGUGUGCGAAAAUCUGCAACUUCCUGGAGCAGCAGUCUAUGUAUUUUAUUGAGACAGCGGACACCUUGGCAAAAAUGUCUCGGGAAACUUUAGUCAAUGCUAGGUUGCCAAAUUUUUCCCUGCCAUGUGCCAUAGACGUGCUAACACUGGGUACAUAUCCUCGCCUACCCACCUGCAUCAGAGAGAAAAUAGUCCCUCCGGACCCAAUCACAUCCAGCGAGAAAAAGCAGGUCCUACAGCGCCUUAAUCAGGUCAUCCAGUAUCGUCUGGUCUCCUCCGAGUUACCCAAACACAUGAGGAAACUUAAAAUUGAGAAUGGCCGUGUGAAGUUCCUUGUGGAGCAUGAGUUUCAGGUGACCUUGACAUUGAUGGAGGACAGCCCUGUCAUUCCCUGGCGACUGCUGCACAUUGACAUACUUGUAGAGAACCAUGAGACAGGAGAUGGUAAAGCCCUUGUACAUAGCCUCCAGGUUGGUUAUAUUCACCGAGUUGCGCAGUCCCGGCUCUUGGACAACGACAAACCAUUACAUGACUUAUACAGAGUGCUACAUUCAUUUUGUCAGUCACUUCAGCUGGAAGUUCUCAACUCACAGGCUCAGAAACUGAUACGGGAGAGACUUGGAGAUUCACUGUACAUUGACGAAUACUCUGUUGGCAAGUGUCUCACUGUCUCCUACUGGAGGGACUUUAUGAAAAAAGAAAAAGAAAAGGUCCCUGAUGCCAUCAGGUACCGUCUGUCAGUCCAUGUGAAUGAAGAGGAUGAUGACAAACAACUGUGUGUUUCCCACACACCUGCCAUGCUCCCUGACGAGUGUCGCCGUGUCGGCACAAACAUACACAGUGAACACCUGUCACUGGAACGUCUCCUUAUGACGACGGUCGAAGUGCGCACAAGGACUAAGCUUAAGGACCUGGCUUACUCCAUACAGAGGUUCAUUGAAGGGAAGUGUGAAAUACGGGACCUGCCCCUGGCGCUCCAUGUGCCUGUACUCCACCCGUGUACUUCAACAGAGCAGCUGCGUAUCACCAUAGACGCUCAACGUGGCAUGAUGAUGGCUUCACUGCCAUCAAUAGAUCUGCCAGUGCUUAAGGAACUUGAAGACUCUCUAAAUGGAGACAGGAAAGUUAUCCAAAAACAUCUGGUCAAGCUCAGGUUGCACCUGACAAUGCUGCGUUGUGAGAGAUCUGUGGAGUGCCUGCACACAGUUGCUAGGCAACAGUUACCCCUGGUUAACAAGGAGGAUCAUCCAAUAAAGGACCUCCCACCGCAACGUCUUUACAUUACUGUGCCAAAACAAACGAACCACCAUGUCAUUGUAAGUGUCGAGGACAGCCCCCCACGGUCGGUACAGUUCCACUACCAUAUGUUGGAGACCACCCCCAGCACCGCAGAGGGAGAGGGGAUCCAGGAGGGAGGGGAUGAUCCCAACCCUGUCACCGCCUUCAUGAAGGCUGGCAAGCUGGUGCCACUCAACACGUUUGCAUUCACUAAUGGACCUUACACUACCAUUUACGAUGAACCAGAAGAGGAUGAGGUGGAGAGCUUCCACAGAAAAAGAAAGUUGUUACUGGGGGAGUAUGUUGAGCCGAUGGGAAAGAAACUGAAGACAUCUCCAUACAUCGUGCCAGAGCUUGUGCAUGUGGUGGCCGCAUGUGAGGAGAAACUGCCAUUCGUCUUCCUUGGACAUGAGUUGAAGGAGAAUAAAGUGUUGUGCACCAACAUACAGGUGGACAAACAGGCCAUGGGCUUUGUAAUGGAUAUUAUUAUGUUCCCUGAUGUGGCUGGUGUGAGCAAAGAGGAUUGUGACACAUUACGACGCAGUCUUCUCUCCUGUAAAAUUCGCAUGGUCACCAAACCCUUCAGAACCUGGCAGGUCGAGUUCCUGUUCACAGCGAGUGGUCUUGAUACUCGGACAGACACUGAGAGCGGGCCCACCCAACGGGUGUUCUGCUCCUACCAGAUGGAUGGCGGGGCAGGGAAGAUGGUCACCGACCUCCUCAACGACUGGGCUGCUAUGUGUCACCUCUUUUCCAUUGUCUACGCUUUCAAACACUUGUACUCAGACACACAGACAGAUCUUCGGAGCAUAUUGCAGAUCAAGUCUUACAACUAUAAGAAGAUAACUCUCCAGUAUGGCAUGGCUUUUUCUAGUCUGAUUCACAUACUGUGGAGGUGUGACCAGAAGCAGUUUGUGUUGUCAUUUGGUCGUCAAGGUUACACAAGCCCCAUGAAUCCUCAUGUUCCCAUGGCAACCCAGCUUCAACAUGACCUUAACACUUCAAGGUCACUCUCAUAUCUCGUACAGAUCCUCCACGAUACAUGGGCCCCCAUGAACUCGCUUCACAAACUCUCAUCAGCCGUCAUACUUGGAGUUGGAACUUCCCCAAAGCAGUCAAUCCAGUGUUUCACAGUGAUCCCCCAGUCCUCCACCCAUGUCAGAAUCUCAUACAGAAAUCAAUAUUGCCUGGAUGUUCAUUUCCGCAGUACCAAUGUGGUGGCAGUGAGGGACGGGGCCUAUAGCCUGUUUGAUACCAGUAAGGCUACGGAGGGGUUCACCCCAAUACCCAUGCUAAAGGCAUUCCUGGGCAUGUUUGUGGACGAGUCAGUGACGGGAGGCAACCUGCGACGUCGGUCCACGACAGAGGAUGACAAUCCACCCUCCCCUAUCGGCAUGGACAACAUGGACGUGUUCAGUAUUCCGGCAUCCCACCAGGCUACUGGAUCACCUGGUGCAAGGCAAAGGGCAGAUGGCAUUGCCCCUUCACCUUCGACCUACAUCGGCACACCAUCACCUGGUGCCCUUCUAGCGACAGGCUCCCCGGGCAACCCCCACCUGCAUGUGCCAUCCCCAGGGUCAUUCGUUCCUGCCCCAUCACCCUCCUCCCUGGGGAUACACAUGCAGUCACCGGCUUCCUUCAUCAGCCCACAAGGUGUUGGAGACACAGGAUCCCCAUACCCGGGCAACCUGGCCAUGCCAUCUCCAGGCCAACGCUCCAACUGGCCCAACUCCCCAUCAGUACCAGGCCCCUCUCCAGCGUCCCGACAUGGGGGUAUGGCUCCAUCCCCUGGCUAUCCGACUCUACAUUCACCACAAAAUGCAGGCAAGGAUGACCAUGGCAAGGCUUCAGUGAUGAGCCCCCCCUCACGUAUUCUGCCCCAGCGUCAGUGGGCAGCAUCCACCCCAACCCUCCUCUCCCACGAGGCAUUUGACACCCUUCUUAAGCCCACCCCAAUCCAGCAGCUACCCCUACACAUGCCUCUCUCACCCCUGGAGAGGUUCCUGGGCUGCAAGUUCAUACGGCGACACAUUGUGCGGGCUAUUAGUCAAGAGAAGCAUCUGACCACCUUGCCGACAAAUGAGCUAGGAGUGAGCAUGUUCAAGGGUGAGACGUUACAGUUCCGUAUCUCCCUCAACACAACAUCAUUACAGACUCUACAUAUGAAGAUACAGCCUCUACCAGAGUACAAGGACCAGUGGACUCCUGAGGAGAUACAGCUGUUUGAGAAAUACUUUGACUUGAAGGUCGCCUGUCCACCGUACAAGUCCAACUCCCUGACAGCGUUUGGUCGGCUCCUCAAGGCGAACAUCAACAUUCUAAAGGAUGUUAUACAAAUCAUGAGGCUUGAACUGAUGCCAAGCCAGGACCGUUCCCUGAAGUGGUCCAUCCAGCUGCUGCUCACUGUGCCCCCAACGUAUGCCCACAUGGCCCCCGCUGGCACACCCGCCAUUGUCGUUGUCACCAAGAUGAUUCUUAUGCUGCAGUUGACCCAGAUACAGCCACCUAGCCAACCUGGCCAGCCUCAGAGGGAACCAAUUAGCAUCACCAUACCUCUCCUUUACAGCAUACAGGACAACAACAUUACGCUGGUAGAGAAGGGUACAACAAAUACAAACCACAAUCUGGUGCAUGUAUCCCAGCACCUGAAGCGCUACAUGGACAGCAGGUUCCACCAGAGCGGGGAGUGUGCCAUCUUUCCAGCUGUCCGAGAUCUCCUUACAAAUCUUGUACUGCCUCAGCUGUAGGCUUGUGGGUUACGACAGGACAUAAUGAGGAUGUAUCGGAGUUCGUCAACAGACUUCAAAUGGGAGAAUGUGUCUUGCUCUGGGUCUUGUCGCUCAUGUGUAGUGGGCUAAGAUGUUAUUUACACCAAAAACUGCCUGAUGGCUUGUGAGACAUAAUCAUAGAAAACAUAGUGCUAUUGAUCAAAUUGUGUUCCCAAUGAACUUUCCUUGCCUGAUGAUAAUGAAAUUUCCACCAAACCAUUCAUCUCAAGUCAUUUUAUAAGCCAAUCUCUGUUUCUAUGUACGCUGUAAUUGUCUGUAAAUAAAUAAAUAUUGUCACUCUA